UUGCAUUGAUAUUACCGUUACGAUCAGACGUAGAUUCGUGUUCCUAUCCGGUUUGAAGUGGAAUCAGUACGAUUCAGAAGGGAUUAACUUUUUAGUGCGAAUGCAACGUGUUUAAUAACUAUGGAUAUAGCUUUCGAUGAUUGAAUUGACUAUCAUAAGUUACCAGUUUUUCGAUACUUUAAAUGAACAAAACCAACAAAACAGUGCAGCAGAAGGACAAAAACAUAAGUGAAGAUAUUGGUUGCCGGGGCAACCGGUAAACAUAACAUGUCCCCAGGACAUGAGGAAAGUGCGUUUUCAUUUUUCACCUUGUUUGUCCUGAUCGGUGCUGCAGAGCGGAAGUUGUUCACGAGGAUAUCAUAGGUUGAUGAUGCAUAUAUCUGGAUACCUUGGGAAAGUGAAACAAACAAAAGUGAAGUUUUUGGUUUAAAACGCUCACUCCAUGCGAUGUUUACUGCGAUAAUUGCCAUCUGUUGAAGUGUAUUGUGUGUGACUGCAUGUAAGAUGGAUAAAAAUCUGGUCAGCAAAACUGUGUCGUGAUUCGUGCUUAUGGCCUCAAUUCGAUUGAGCAUAAUUGUACGUUUUUCCAAGUUUUACCGUGGAAUGUAGAAAAGUAGUUAAUUAAGGUUGUGAGGAAGAAUUUGUCGUGCUUAAAGCGCGAUGAAUAUUAAUGACCUUACAGUAGUUUGUGUCUCAGUCAGUGAUAUUGCAUAUUGAACUUUCGGUUGAGGCAAAUAAAAGAGACUACGAUGACGGAAGGACUUCGGAUGACGUCGACCACCGUGCCAUAGAAUUCAAAGUGUGAUUAGCCCUAAACAUGGAAAUAAGUUACCGCCGGGAGCUACAACAUGUGGGAAGGUAAAGUGUGGUGAAACUCGUCCUAAUGUGUUGCAAAACUGCAAAGGGAAAAACUUACUCUAGUCAGUGACAUGGGACAAGGAAAUGUGUUUGUUUGUUUGUUUAGUGCCUCAUUGCGGCACGGAGAAUGCAGUGCACGAAAAAGUCCUUAGCGAGUGAAUUCAAGGAGGCACGACAACUGCAGCAGCAAAACCGCAACCACAAUCAUGAAUCGAUACCUGACGUUGAGCCAACUGGGGGACGGAACGUACGGUACUGUCGUCCUUGGUCAACGCAAAGACACCGGCGAGAAGGUCGCUAUCAAGCGGAUGAAGCGGAAGUACUACUCCUGGGAGGAAGCCAUGAAUCUUCGGGAGGUUAAGUCCCUGAAGAAACUCUCCCAUGCCAACGUGGUCAAACUGAAGGAGGUCAUCCGCGAGAACGACGUUCUCUACUUUGUGUUCGAGUACAUGCAGGAGAAUCUCUACCAGCUAAUCAAAGAUCGCGAGAAUCACUUCCCCGAGGCAACGAUAAGACUGAUCCUACAGCAAAUCCUUACCGGUUUGGCGUUCAUGCACCGCCAUGGCUUUUUCCACCGGGAUCUCAAACCGGAGAAUGUGCUCUGCUGCGGUCCGGAGCUGGUGAAAAUAGCUGACUUUGGCCUGGCGCGGGAGAUCCGAUCCCGGCCACCGUACACCGACUAUGUUUCUACGCGUUGGUAUCGCGCUCCGGAAGUGCUGCUACACUCUACACGCUACGGCAGUGCGAUUGACCUUUGGGCCGUAGGAUGCAUCAUGGCGGAACUCUACACAUUUCGGCCGCUGUUUCCUGGCUCCAGCGAGGUUGAUCAACUGUUCAAAAUAUGCUCCGUUUUGGGUACUCCGGAUAAGAAUGACUGGCCUGAUGGGCACAAGUUGGCAGUCACAAUACAGUUUCGGUUUCCUGAGUGUCCAAAAAUACCACUGGAAUCUUUGGUGACUCGUGCCAGCUCUUCAGGAAUUCAGUUGCUCGAAGACUUCCUCAAAUGGGAACCGGAGAAGCGACCGACGGCUCAACAAUCUCUGAAGUAUCCUUACUUCGCGUCUGUUAAGCAGCGAACUUCCGCGACUAUUGUAGGCAAUGGAAACGUGCAGCUUCCGCAGAUACAGCAAAAUGGCAAUGGCAUACCCAAUGCGAGAAUAUCAAUCGUGGAUGCAGCUCAAGUAGAAAACAGUGGGAUUACAAGCCGCUUUAGUGUGAACCCCAAUACUGUUUCGGUGAAUAAUGGAAACAUAAAUGGAAGCAUUUAUAAAUCUAUCAGUAAUAGUGAUCUUAAUGAUAUUAAUUCUCUGUUAAGCCUGUCCCGGCUUUCUCAAAAUCCUUCGAUGCCAGAAAAGCGAUCAUCGCUAGAUAAUGGCAAACUCAACGAUAGUGCAAAAAGUAAUGGGAAAUACCAAAGUGGAAUCAAUUACAGUGUGCUCAACGAAAUGCUGAACAACUAUAAUUUGGGAAUAAAUGGUGGUCUCAGCCAUGGUAAUCAACAUCAAGGUCGACUGAAUAGGAACAGUAGCAUCACGAAAUCGAUUACAGAUCGAAGCGAUAGCGGAGUGAACGAUAAUGGCAGCUCGGUUACGAGCUAUUCAAUCAUUAAACCAGCUAUUGUGAAAAUAGAAGAAAAGCCUACGGAAGUUUACGUGGCCGGUCGUAAAGGGGAAAAAGUGAACGAUAUCUACGUGACGCGAAACUCUGGGAAUGGAGGAAGGGUUGGUGCAAUCCGUGCAGCAGUGGAUAGUGAUGAUUCGAGUUACUUCAAUAGUGGGUUUUACCUACACAAACAGACUAGCAAUUCAAAAAGUGAUUUAUUCAAUGAAAGUUUUCUAAACGAUUCGAAGGUGUACAAUGCAUUUUCAAAGCAGCCAGUGCUACUGGCAAGAAAAACAGAUGAUGACAUCAAAGUGAACAUAACGAAAAAUCCGCUCUUGAACCGAGGUCUUCAGAGUAAUUUUAGCAGAAGUUGGGAGCCAGUAAAUGGCAACAGUUUCGAUGAUGAUCUAGAAGAUAUUCUAGGAAGUCGAAUAAAAUCAACGAAAAAAUCAAAUGCCGAGUUCAAACUAGAAGACCUAUUCGGAACGGUUUCGUUUGGAAAGGAUACCAAAAUCUCCAAAUAUCCUAACACAGUACCGUUUGCCAAGGGCGCGAUGAAGAAAGGCGAUGAGCUGACGGAUAUUUUCGAUAAUUCGGAUGCAAAACCAUCGCAUUCCAGUGCGAAUAUAGUUCCUAGACGGAAGAACCAACAGGUGUUUGUUUCGAAUGGAAGUUUUGCUGCGGGAAACGAGUUCAAUGGCGUUAAUGCUUCAUUCAAACUGUUUCCCUGGGAAGAUGCUCCUCGUAAUGUUCCGGAUAAGAAACAGUGGGUUCCGGACAGUGGAGUUCUAACCUACGUUGGUCCUAGUGGAGAUGGCAAGGGACGACCAGAUUGGGCAGCCAAAUAUCUUAGCAAGUAGAACUGCAUAUAGUAGUAAUAGACGAUAGGACAUAGUUAUUUUGGUUGUCAAAAUGAAGCGCUAUAUGUUCACAGCAGAUGUUAACUUUAAUGUUAUGGUAGUGAGAGGAAAUAGAAAACAAAAUCAAACAUACAAAUCUGUGAUAGAUCAGUGCGUUGCCUAGAAUGGUCGUAUUAUUUCAUGUUGACCGUACGCACUCAAGAGAUUUCAGAAGAAAUACUCUUUGCAGGCGUUAUUAAAUUCUGAUGUACUGUUCAAGUGUAAAAUGCUGGAAAUAAACCUAUAUGAUGCGAUAUAAACGUUUAAAAA